CCGCGGACGCAGCGGUGGGCACGAUGCCGCAACCCGCCGUUCGGCUGGUGCGCCUGGGUCGGGUGCCGUACGCCGAGCUACUGGAGCUGCAGGACCGCUGGCUGCGGCGGCUGCAGGCCGAGCCAGGCAUUGAGGCCCCGUCGGGGACUGAUGCGGGCGCGCUCCUGCUCUGCGAGCCCGCGGGGCCCGUGUAUACGGCCGGGCUGCGCGGCGGCCUGACGCCCGAGGAAACUGCGCGGCUACGGGCCUUGGGCGCCGAGGUGCGCGUCACAGGCCGCGGUGGCCUGGCCACCUUCCACGGCCCGGGCCAGCUGCUUUGCCACCCGGUACUCGACCUGCGGCGUCUCGGCCUGCGCUUGCGCAUGCACGUAGCGUCGCUGGAGGCGUGCGCCGUGCGCCUGUGCGAGCUCCAGGGCCUGCAGGACGCCCGCGCGCGGCCCCCGCCCUACACCGGCGUCUGGCUAGACGAUCGUAAGAUCUGCGCGAUCGGUGAGCGCCGUGGCGCAGGGCGGUACCUGAGAGCCGAGGAGUCCGCUGUGGAAGGCACAUCACAUCCCACGGCCUGGCUCUCAACUGCUCUACCGACCUCACCUGGUUUGAGCACAUCGUGCCCUGUGGACUGGUUGGGACAGGCGUCACUUCCUUGAGUAAGGAGCUCCAGAGGCACGUCACCGUGGAAGAAGUAAUGCCACCUUUCCUUGUGGCCUUUAAGGAGAUCUACAAGUGCACACUGAUCUCAGAGGACAGCCCCAGCUGAAGAGUACUCAUGGUAUAACAGCCAGGAUGCUCCUGCCUUGGGAAGCAUGAAGUCUGACUUGAGUCACCUAGUGAAACCCAGAUUUUAGACCUGGCCUGUCAUUCACUGAUUAUGAAACUAAGGACAUACCAUGAGCUCUGAGCCACUAUUUUCAUAUGUAUCCUGUUUUAUUUAUAUCUUCCCCACCUACCUCAGAGAUACUAGAUGUGACAAUACUGUGAAAAGCAACACAUGCUAUAUAAAACAUUAGCACUGCUAUUGACAGCAGUGUCUCAGAGAAAUUCAGAUGUCAUAGAUUGUCAUUUCUCGAUUGUUGAUGUCAUAGAUUGUCAUUUCUCGAUUGUUGCUUCCUCGAUACUGUGUCUAACUGAGCAAUUCUGGGCUCUAGUUCCUUUGAUUUUGUGGGAAUCAAAUCUCUGAAUGGCCCAGGUGAAGGUGAUGUGAUGUAGUGCUUUUUCAUUCUCAAGAGACCUGGGUUCUUUCUGCAAUAAAGGGAAAAGGGAAGAACCUUCUAAGCAUAAAAUGGGAUCUUACCUUCCUGGGUUUGAUUCCCCAAGUUUGAUAAUUUAGCAGUUUUUAGUUGGGUUACCCUGAGCUAGGCCAAAGACUGGAGGAAGGAUAAGAAUAGUUUCUCACACUGUACAAAUGCCAAAGAUAGAAGUGAGUUUUUCUUAUAUGAGACCUCUAAAUUUGUAAGGCUGCGUAUUAUCUGUUGCUGUGUAACAAAUCAUCAAAACUUAGUGACUUAACAGUAAACAUUAAUUAUCUCGUUUGUGGGUCAGGAAUUUGGGGGAAGCUUAACUGGGUGUUUCUAGGUUGGGGUCUCACACGAACUUGCAGUUAAGAUGUCAGCUGGAACUGCACUUAUUCAAAGGCUUGGCUGGGCUGGAGGAUCAGCGCCCCAUAUGGUGCACUCACUUGCCUGGUUGGUUAUGGUUGCUGACAAGAGGCCUCAGUUCCUCACCAUGUGGACCUCCCUAUAGGGUUGCUUAAUUGUUCUCAUGACAGGGCAGCUGGCUUCCCCUAGAGCAAGUCAUGCCAAAGAGAGACAAGCUGGAAGCCACAAUGUUUUUUAUGACCCAGCCUCAGAAGUCACACAGGCAUUUCUGUAGUCUUCUAACAGAUGAGCCCUGUUCAGUGUGGAAGGGACUUCACUAGGGCAACAAAAGGUGAGGAUUAUUAGGGGCCGUCUUGAAGAAUGGCCACUACAGCCUAUUAGGAGUGGAAAGAGCCUCGAAUGAGAAGUCAGGGGACCCUGGUUCCAGUUCUGGCUCUGUGGAAGAGUCGUUUACUCUCUGGUCUUCAGUUUCUCCUUAAAUCAGUGCUGUUCAAUAGAAAUACAAUGCAAGCCGCCUUGUAAUUUGACAUUUUCUAUGAUCCAUGUUAAAAAGGUAAAAGAAAUGGGUGAUGUUAUUUUUAUUUUUUAUUUUUUUAAGAAAUGAGGCCUUGCUAUGUUGCCCAAGCUGGUCUCAAACUCCUGGGCUCAAGGGAUCCUUCUGCCUCAGCCUCACAAAGUGCUGGAAUUACAGGUGUGAGCCACCAUGCCUGGUCUAUGAUGUUAAUUUUAAUAUUUUAAUUAACCCAAUAUAUAAAAAUAUCAAUAUAAAGCAA